AUGUCAGGCUUUCUCUGCAAGAAGCAGUCGAUUAAGUUGCCGAUUCUGCUCAAGUAUCGUGAGGCAAGAAGUAAUGAGCUGUGGUGCAUUCGACUGCAGAUGGACACGGGAGUGUCGAUAGAUACUCUAGUCAGUCUGAUUCAGUCCGACUCGCAGCCAAUACCCGCAGCAAGUGCGGAUGCGAUGCUCUUCGGCGCGUUUCCCGGCUGUGCCCUUGAUAGCUCCCCUCUCAUCCAUUCCCUUGGCGACUAUUGCUGCCCUCCUCUUCCGACGCCACCUCUCAUGGUUACAUCUCCUUCCGCAACGCCAAGGAGUACCAUGACGUCCUCUUCCUGCUGCACGCCAUCACAUCGCCGUGUGGCACAGCCCAGCCUAUUUGAGCUUGCCCAAACUAUCCAGAAGAAGCGAAAAUACGAAUCAAACCUCGUGACUGGGGAGUCACCGUCCAACAACCCUGAGAAGGCUCCCGUGUCCACGCCUCCCCGAACGUGUACUCACUCCUCCCAUUUACUCAUCCCAAUAAACAUGGCGAAGUCGAAUCAACCUGGGUGUUUUAAGAGUGUAGAGACCAGGGAAGAAGAGAUCUGCGUGCCUCAUCCUACACUGGUUUACUUCCUCCAACAGAAAUGGUGGAAUACGUCUGGGUGGUUGCCAGAAAAUUUUCUGGUCUACGAGAGCCUCCUCACUGCACUAAUUGAUUUGCACAACCUGGAGGGAGUGCUGCAGACGACCGGUUAA